GUCUUUGGGCCGCAGCCUACAAAAUCUUCGCACACUCCUCGACACCUCUUCUUUUCCCUCCUUUCGUCGCUCACACCUCUACGCAAGCCGUGGUAUCUGAGCAUCUCCUCGCGAAUUCUUCUAGUAUCUGCCACAGAGCUACAAGACUUCAAAAAGACAAUCGCAUCACAAAUCAGAAACAACCGCCACCAUGGGUAAGGAAAAGACUCAUAUCAACGUCGUCGUCAUCGGACACGUCGACUCCGGCAAGUCCACCACCACCGGUCACUUGAUCUACAAGUGCGGAGGUAUCGACAAGCGUACCAUCGAGAAGUUCGAGAAGGAAGCUGCUGAACUGGGCAAGGGCUCCUUCAAGUAUGCCUGGGUUUUGGACAAGCUGAAGGCCGAACGUGAGCGUGGUAUCACCAUUGAUAUCGCCCUCUGGAAGUUCGAGACCCCGAAGUACUUCGUCACCGUCAUUGACGCUCCUGGUCAUCGUGACUUCAUCAAGAACAUGAUCACUGGUACUUCCCAGGCUGACUGCGCCAUUCUCAUCAUUGCUGCCGGUACUGGUGAAUUCGAAGCCGGUAUCUCCAAGGAUGGUCAGACUCGUGAGCACGCUCUGCUCGCCUACACUCUAGGUGUCAAGCAGCUCAUCGUCGCCAUCAACAAGAUGGACACCACCAAGUGGUCCGAGGAACGUUUCAACGAAAUCAUCAAGGAGACUUCCAACUUCAUCAAGAAGGUCGGCUACAACCCCAAGUCCGUUCCUUUCGUCCCCAUCUCCGGGUUCAACGGCGACAACAUGAUCGACGUCUCUGCCAACUGCCCUUGGUACAAGGGUUGGGAGAAGGAGACCAAGGCUGGCAAGGCCUCUGGCAAGACUCUGCUCGAAGCCAUUGACGCCAUCGACCCACCUUCCCGUCCCACCGACAAGCCUCUCCGUCUUCCCCUCCAGGAUGUCUACAAGAUCUCUGGUAUCGGAACGGUGCCUGUCGGUCGUGUUGAGACUGGUAUCAUCAAGGCCGGUAUGGUCGUCACCUUUGCCCCAGCCAACGUCACCACUGAAGUCAAGUCCGUCGAAAUGCACCACGAACAGCUCGUCGAGGGUGUCCCAGGUGACAACGUCGGAUUCAACGUCAAGAACGUCUCCGUCAAGGAGGUUCGUCGUGGAAACGUCUGCGGUGACUCCAAGAACGACCCACCCAAGGGUGCCGACUCCUUCAACGCCCAGGUCAUCGUUCUUAACCACCCUGGUCAAGUUGGUGCUGGCUACGCUCCUGUCUUGGAUUGCCACACCGCCCACAUUGCCUGCAAGUUCUCCGAGCUCCUCGAGAAGAUCGAUCGUCGUACCGGAAAGUCCAUUGAGAACAACCCCAAGUUCAUCAAGUCCGGUGAUGCUGCCAUCGUCAAGAUGGUUCCCAGCAAGCCUAUGUGUGUUGAGGCCUUCACCGACUACCCUCCUCUCGGUCGUUUCGCCGUCCGUGACAUGCGUCAAACAGUGGCGGUAGGAGUCAUCAAGAGCGUUGCUAAGACUGACAAGGCCGGUGGCAAAGUUACUAAAGCAGCCGUGAAAGCUGGAUCCAAGAAAUAGACUGAAGCAUUGUUGGUGGGCUGAAAAUCAAUUUUCAUGGCUUAUCAGUGAAGUUUUCUCGCGAGUGGGAAAGGCACAUGGGGAGAUUCCAGCCUUAUGUGUUCAACAGUGCUAGACAAAUCUUGAGAUCUGCAAGUUCUGCAGACGGGUAACCUCGGCAGAUGACAAUCAAGCUC